AUGUCGGCGGCCCCCCUCCGAUCUGUCGCCAGUUCCUACUCCCCUUUCUCGGCCCGGUCGCAAACCAUUCGAAUGGCCCAGUCGCAAACCCCCGGUCUCGAUACUCUCGCAGAAGGGUCGCAGUAUGCCUUUGAGCAACUGCAGCUGGCACGCCAAGCAGGCACCGCGUCGAACACCUCGACCGAACCCGAUGUGCUGCCAUCUUACAGUGAACAAAAUGACUCCCAUGUACCCGGAAGAGAGUCAUCACAGUCCCGGGACACUCUAGCGGAAGCCCGAUCAACCAUUCGCAAGUCCUCGUCUGCGACUGCAGUUCGUCGAAGAAUAAGUCGAGCCUGCGACCAAUGCAAUCAGCUGCGCACCAAAUGCGAUGGGCAACAACCCUGCGCGCACUGCCUCGAGUUUGGACUCAGUUGCGAGUACGCCCGAGAACGUAAAAAACGGGGGAAAGCCUCGAAGAAGGAUCUUGCGACAUCAGGCAUAAGUUAUAACGACAAAAAGAUCAAAGAUAAUGUUUCUGUGCAAGCGGAUUCACCAAAUGGCCAAUCCCAGGAAGCCAAUGGACCGUACGACACGGCCUUCGAUGCCGCCCGGGCUAUGCCAGACGCUACGCCGGCCCAUUUGCGAAACACAAGCGCCCCUGAGAUGUUGAGAAUGCAGCAGAAUACACAUUCACAGCAAUCGACAGCAUCAAACAUCGACGGCAUGUCUUUACACUAUGGCAAUACGUCCGAGCCAAACCGGCCACCCAUUGUCCCUGAUCUCCGCUCUCUGCAAAUGAUGCACCAAAAUGGCAACUCCCGAUCACCAUCUACAUUACUCAAUCCACAAGGAUUUGGAUCGAGCUACAACGAUGGGGCAUAUAAUUUGAUGAAUUCUCAAGAUGCAGGCCAUCCCUCGAUGAAUCAAUUCCGGAUGAGCGGAACAGACAAUCAAUCUGCGCCUUUCUUGGGAUUUUCUCCGCCAGCUCAAUCGCCUAGCUGGCUUCCCCUACCGUCACCGUCACCUGCUAAUUUUCCGUCUUUCAGCAUGGCUCCAUUUUCCAGUUCAUUGAGAUACCCCGUCUUGCAACCUGUACUUCCUCAUAUCGCUUCAAUAAUCCCCCAGUCACUCGCAUGUGAUCUCCUGGAUGUCUAUUUUGCCAGCUCAUUCUCCUCUCAUCUCUCACCACUAUCGCCUUACGUCGUUGGGUUCGUUUUUCGCAAGCAGUCCUUCCUCCAUCCGACAAAACCCAGAAUGUGCAGUCCUGGUCUCCUUGCUAGUAUGCUCUGGGUAGGCGCCCAGACGAGCGAGGCCGCAUUCUUGACAUCACCUCCGUCUGCGCGAGGGCGGGUCUGUCAAAAAUUGCUGGAAUUGACCGUUGGUCUACUCCGACCUCUUAUCCAUGGACCCGCUACCGGGGAGGCGUCCCCCAACUAUGCAGCAAACAUGGUCAUCAAUGGAGUGGCUCUGGGAGGAUUUGGUGUCUCUAUGGAUCAAUUGGGUGCACAGAGCAGUGCGACAGGCGCAGUGGAUGACGUUGCGACUUAUGUCCAUCUGGCUACCGUUGUAUCGGCCAGUGAGUACAAAGCAGCCAGUAUGCGCUGGUGGACAGCUGCAUGGUCUCUAGCACGAGAACUCAAGUUAGGCCGGGAGUUGCCAACAAAUGCCACGUCUAAGCAAGAUGGUGAGCUAGAGCGUGAAUCAGACCUCGACAUGAAUGGAAUCAAAAAGCAGCCGUCAUCGCUUUUAAAUCCCAUGGGCAACGGAACUGGUAGCUCGGCGGUUAACCUGACUGAAGAGGAACGUGAAGAACGCCGUCGAAUUUGGUGGUUACUAUACGUCAUGGACAGACAUCUUGCACUUUGCUAUAACCGCCCUCUUACAUUGUUGGAUAAGGAAUGUGAAGGGUUGCUUCAACCAAUGAACGAUGACAUUUGGCAGGCAGGUGACUUUUCAACCGCCAGUUACCGGCGUGCUGGCCCGGCAUUUGAGUGUACCAGCCAUAGUACGUUCGGCUACUUUCUACCUCUUAUGUCUAUCCUCGGAGAAAUCGUGGACCUGCAACAUGCUCGAAAUCACCCGCGGUUCGGCCUUCAUUUCCGCAACAGCGGCGAGUCAGAAAUCCAGGCGAUGGAGAUCACUCGACAGCUAGAUGUAUAUGCGCAGAGCUUGAAGGAGUUUGAGGCUCGAUACACUAGCUCACUGGCUCUCGGGAAUGCUGAUAACGAUGCGAUCAUGGAAGGCUCCCACCUCAACCAUGUCAGUCCUUCUGGGCGAUCAAGUAGCACGGUCGGUUCGCAUGCUAGCCAGUCCAUCGUCCAUACCAAGAUGGUUGUCGCGUAUGGUACGCAUAUUAUGCACGUCUGUCAUAUUCUCUUGGCUGGUAAAUGGGAUCCCAUCAAUUUACUUGAUGAUAACGACCUCUGGAUUUCAUCCGAUUCGUUCAUCUCCGCCAUGGGUCAUGCGGUUAGUGCAGCAGAAGCCGCUUCUGAAAUUUUGGAUUUUGAUCCAGACUUGAGUUUCAUGCCUUUCUUCUUUGGCAUUUAUCUACUACAAGGCAGUUUCUUGCUACUUUUGACGGCCGACAAAUUACAAGGUGACGCUAGCCCGAGCGUUGUCAGGGCCUGUGAGACUAUCGUACGAGCGCACGAAGCUUGUGUUGUUACUCUGAAUACGGAAUAUCAGCGGACUUUCCGAAAGGUGAUGCGCUCAGCUCUCGCUCAAGUCCGUGGUCGUGUUCCCGAAGACUUUGGUGAGCAACAACAACGCAGGCGGGAAGUACUCGCGCUCUAUCGCUGGAGCGGAGAUGGCAGUGGUCUUGCUUUGUGA